UCCUGGGAGACCAGAUAUAGUGAAUGCAGGGUCCGGGGAGAGCAGAUAUAGUGAAUGCAGGGUCCAGGGAGAGCAGAUAUAGUGAAUGCAGGGUCCGGGGGGACCAGAUUUAGUGAAUGCAGGGUCCGGGGGGACCAGAUUUAGUGAAUGCAGGGUCUGGGAGAGCAGAUAUAGUGAAUGCAGGGUCUGGGGAGACCAGAUAUAGUGAAUGCAGGGUCCGGGGAGACCAGAUAUAGUGAAUGCAGGAUAUAGUGAAUGCAGGGUCCGGGGAGACCAGAUAUAGUGA